CUGCGCGCGGCCACUGCUGCGCCUCGCCUUCGCCCGCCGCGGCGCGACUCGCCGGGGACAUGGAGGUGUGGUCCACUCACUGCCACCUCUCCGCCGAACCUUUCCAGGACCUGCCUCCUCUCAGCUGGACCUUGCCAGGGCCUGCCUCCUGGUCUGCUUCUAGCCGUCCAUCCUCCACAGAGGCCUGUCAGUGGAAGGAAAGGCCGGCAGAGACAAAUGCCAAUGUGGACAGUUCAGCAUCCCCGUCGGUGGCCCAGCUGGCCGGGCGGUUUCGGGAGCAGGCGGCUGCAGCCACAGAGAAAUCACCGCCCAGUGCUGGCCACCCGCCCAAAGUCAAGGUGAAGAGCUCGCCCCUGAUCGAGAAGCUCCAGGCCAAUUUGACCUUCGAUCCAGCGGCUCUGCUGCCCGGGGCCUCGCCCAAGAGUCCUGGACUCAAGGCCAUGGUGUCACCGUUUCACAGUCCCCCGUCCACCCCCAGCAGUCCUGGCGUGCGGCCCCGGCCUAGCGAGACAGAGGAGGUACCUGUCAGCUUCGACCAGCCACCCGAAGGUAGUCACCUGCCCUGCUACAAUAAGGUGCGGACCAGGGGCUCCAUAAAGAGACGCCCUCCCUCCAGGCGGUUCCGAAGGUCGCAGUCGGACUGCGGGGAGCUGGGAGAGUUCAGGGCAUCUCAGGGGAACGGCACCCGGGAGGAGAACGGGGAAGAAGUGUUCACAGUCAAGAGCAGGGCCCCAGGGGUGCCCCCGGCCAGCCAGGGGGCAGAGGGAGAGGGGGACAGGGGAGCCCCAGGAUGCGAUGGGAAGCCUCCUCCGGGGACGCCCAGCAGGACAGGGAAGCCAGAGGAGAAGGCCAGCACCCCAGGGGAGGCCAAGCAAGGUGAGGCCGGGCAGAAUUCAGAAGCAGCUGGCCAGAGCCCUGCAAAGGAGGCCCCAGAACCUCCCCGAACGGCCAGCCCAGAGAGAGAGGCUGGGCCCGGGGGCCCGGUGCAGGAGGAGGCAGCCGGAGAGGAAAAGGAGAGGGCGAGGUCCACGGAGGAGAAGGGGGAGAGCGCUGGAAACCGAGAGGACCCGCCUGGACACGAGGGCCCAGGUGCCGAGGAGCCGGAGCGCGAAGCUGUCGGGGACGAGGCCGCUCAGCGUCCUCCUGAAGACCUGAAGGACGGCCAUGUCCCUGCACAGGAGCAAGGCCAGGGAAAGCAAGAGGAGCCGGCAGCUCUGCAGCCGGGCUCCAGCCACGCCACACUGGAGGCCAGCAGCAAGGUCCCCACGUGCAUCCCUGAUACCUACCUACUCCAGAACUUGGAAUGUAAAAGGUUCCUAAAAAAUAUUUGUUGAGUGAAUGAAUGAACUUUAAAAGAGAGACAGACAUCCAGGCUUCAGGAGGCCCAGGAGCUGCCCCGGGUCACUGAUUUCAAUCACUGUGACAGAUUGGGACCCGCUGUGGUCAUCAGCUCAAACGGCCUUCAGAGCUCCUCCGCCCCGUGCGGACUUCAGUCUGCAAGGGUCGUUGCCUCGGCUCUUCUGUCCCUCCCCAGCCUGGUCAAGGUGAGGAUCAGAAUGCCCGCGUCCAGUGCAAAGGCAGCGCCAGCCAGCGAGGGCCACCGUGACAGCUUCGGGUACCGCUGUCCUAGGUCCUCCCCACCUGGCAGAGGCAGACACACCCUAAGCCGCUCCUCCACCCGCUGAUCCAGUCCCUGCCGUGUGCCUUGAUUGGCAGAAAUACAUUGGUCAGAUGGACUAGUUCUGACCGGGUGAAUGCAAGCAGCGUGCGCUGACCACCACUCACCCCCACACCGGGGGAGACACCGGGGCUCCGCGUGGGAAAGACAGAGGCACGGGUGUGCCCUCCACCGGCCUGCUGGGGAGCCCCCGGACGGGCGCUCUGCUCUUCAGGGGAAGGCAGGGCAGAGAUGUGAGAGGGCCUCUGAGGGGCCAGCCCGCUCCUCGUCACCCCUCACGGGCAUUUAACAUUUCCUCGCAAAGGAGUGAGUCUUCCAGGGGCUUGCCGUGGCGGGCAGGUGGCGCAUUGGAACAGCAGGUCGCGAGGGAGGGAGGCGCUGCAGGGGGUCCCUACAGCACCCACCAUCCGACUGGGCGGGGCAGCCAGGUUUGCCAAGGACGAGCCUCACUGGGGUGGCGCCAGCCUGGGCACCUCCCCCCCAGCUCCAGGCUGCCCCAGGCCGGGCUCUUUGCUUCCUCCACUUUCACUUGGAACCUUCCUCCUCUUCCUUAGACUCCCAGACCCCGGGCAGGUGGCUGAGGCUCCACUGAUGGCCCUGUCCCUCCAGUUCUUGGUGGUGCAUGGCCCUGCAUUCCCACCUCCACCUUCCUUAGGCACGGUCCUUCCCGGGGACCCCUCUGCUGGCCUCCUUCCCAGCACUGCCACGGUCUCCUUCUCAUUUCUGUAUCAGCCACAACAACUCCCACCAGAAUUCCUGGGCUCCAGACUAGCCCCUCACACUCACACCAAAUUCUUCUUCCUAAAAAUACCACCUCUGUUGGCGCCUCUCCUGUCCUGAGACUGGAUACUGCUGGCAGGGAAAUGAAGUCCACUCUUCUCUACCCGCUGAGCUUUGCUGGAGUCCCUGCCCUUCAUGGCUCCCCAUUGCCUCAUGGUGGGAGCUAGGCUGCAGGCAGCCAGCCUCUGCACCCACCAUUCCCCACCAGCAGCCGCCUCCUCCCUGCUCUGCUGUCACUGAGAGCUCUCACUGCUGCCCUUGCUGCAGACCUACCUGGGCCCAGCCCUGGCCGCCAGGCAUCUCCACCCUCUCCUCCUGGGCCUUCUUGAUUGUCCCCAGGAUAAAUGUCCAACCUCCUUGUGCAUUUGCUUGGGGUCAGGAAAGCUCACUAGGAUGGUCCACGUCACAUACCAUGGGCACGUUCAUGAAAGUCUCCAUUUCUCAGCUGGUGGAGGAGGCCUGAGUCCCGGCCCAGCUGCUGGCGCAGGAGGAGCUCGCUAACAGUGAACCUUAGAAU